AUGUACCUCCUGCUCUCUGUCGCUAUCCUAGGUCAGAGGGGCCCACACCUGGCUCGGUCUGCCCAGAACUCGGCGGGCAUCCAGACCCUUCUCGAUGCUGAGCGGGAAGCAUCCAAGAUUGUCCAGAAAGUCCGCACCAAACGCGUGAAGGAGGCCCGUGACGAGGCCAAGAAGGAGAUAGCCGACUACCGCGCCCAGAAGGAGGACGAGUUCCAGAAAUUCCAGGCCGAGGCCGAGGAGGAGGCCAACAAGGAGGCCGAGAAGCAGAUCCAGGCCAUCAAGGAGGCUGGGAAGAAGGGUCAGGCCGGCGUCGUCCAGAACCUCCUCAAUGCUGUCUCAAAGGCCAACUCCCAGGCUGCAAGCUCUUGA